AGAGGGGGGCGGGUCAGGAAGUGGGGGCGCGGCAGCCGGGAGCUAGCCGGAGCUGCCGCGGGGUUUGGCCGCACGGAGAGGUCGGGGGACUCCGGGCCGCUGAGGGAGCGGGAGGGCCGCCCGGGCCUCCGCGGAGACGAUGGCGAAGGAAGAAGGGUCAGCUGUAGAACCCCGCCAAAGGAAAAAGUCGAAGACAUCAGGAAGUCAGGAAGCCAAAGCAGAGAAGGUCCGUAGAACCCCAGCCCCUCAAAGAGCUUCAAAAUAUGUAUCAUUUCAACGUUUUGCAAAGAUUUUCAUUGGCUGUCUUGCAGCAGUUAUUAGUGGUAUGAUGCAUGUUUUCUACUUAUCAGCUUACCAUGAACGGAAAUUCUGGUUUUCCAACAGGCAGGAACUUGAACGAGAAAUCACAUUUCAGGGUGACAGUGCUAUUUAUUACUCCUAUUAUAAAGACAUGUUAAAGGCGCCUUCAUUUGAAAGAGGUGUGUACGAGCUGACCCACAAUAACAAGACCAUCUCCCUGAAGACCAUCAACGCCGUACAGCAGCUGUCCCUGUACCCAGAGCUCAUCGCCAGUGCCCUCUACCAAGCGACCGGCAGCAGCGAAAUUAUUGAACCAGUGUAUUUCUACAUUGGCAUUGUUUUUGGAUUACAAGGAGUAUACGUUACAGCUUUAUUUGUUACAAGUUGGCUUUUGAGUGGCACAUGGCUAGCAGGAAUGCUCACUGUUGCAUGGUUCCUGAUUAACAGGGUAGAUACAACAAGGAUCGAGUACUCCAUUCCUUUAAGAGAAAACUGGGCUCUGCCAUACUUUGCAUGCCAAGUUGCUGCACUUACGGGCUAUUUAAAAAGAAACUUAAAUACCUAUGCAGAGAGGUUUUGCUACUUGCUGAUGAGUGCCUCGACGCACACCUUCAUGAUGAUGUGGGAGCACAGCCACUACAUCUUGUCUCUUCAGGCAGUCUCUCUGCUGCUGCUGGACACCUUCUCAGUGGCGCAAGGUGAUAAGGUUUAUGAAGUAUUUAAGAUCUACAUAUUUUCUCUCUUCCUUGGCUAUUUGCUACAGUUUGAGAAUCCAGCUUUAUUGGUGUCUCCUUUAUUAAGUUUAGUGGGAACAUUUAUGCUUGUUAGGUGCCUUCAGCUGGAUUGGAAAAAAGGAUCUUUUGUGGCUAAAAUAAUGAAAGUGUUUGAAUUUUAUUUGUUAUGUACUGUGCCAGUGACCUUGAAUUUUAUAGUGAAGAUGUUUGUCCCACACAAAGAAAAUGAGCAUGUGAUGAAAUUUCUUGAAGUAAAAUUUGGACUAAAUGCGACUAAGAAUUUUACGUUGAACUGGCUCCUUUGUCAAGAAUCUCUCCAGCCACCAUCUCAGGAUUUUUUUUUACGAUUGACACAAUCUUCCCUAUUACCAUUCUAUAUUUUAGUGUUAAUCAUUUGUCUUCUUUCUAUGACACAAGUUACUUUUAGGAGGAUGUGUGGUAAAUCUCAGAAAGAAACUGCAACUCUUGAAGAUGGAAGAAUUGGAGAAAGGCCAGAAAUAAUUUAUCAUGUAAUUCAUACUCUUGUACUGGGUUCUCUUGCGAUGCUUAUGGAAGGCUUGAAAUUCAUCUGGACUCCUUAUGUGUGCAUGUUAGCAGCAUUUGGUGUCUGCUCCCCUGAACUUUGGAUGACACUUUUAAAGUGGCUUCGGUUAAGAACUGUACACCCAAUAUUGUUGGCUCUUAUUCUGAGCAUGGCUGUGCCCACUAUUAUAGGUCUUAGUUUGUGGAAAGAGUUUUUUCCACGAUUAAUUACAGAAUUAACAGAACUACAAGAAUUCUAUGAUCCAGACACAGUGGAACUUAUGGCCUGGAUAAAGAGGCAAGCUCCAGUUGCAGCUGUGUUUGCAGGAAGCCCACAGUUAAUGGGUGUGAUUAAGCUGUGCACCGGGUGGAUGGUGGCAAGCUUGCCACUUUAUAGCGAUGAUGAUCUUCUCAAGAGAAAUGAAAAUAUUUACCAAAUCUAUUCAAAGCGAUCUGCUGAGGACAUUUAUAAGAUACUGACAUCCUAUAAAGCUAACUACCUAAUUGUAGAAGAUGCCAUCUGCAAUGAGAUGGGAACCAUGAGAGGCUGCAGGGUUAAAGAUUUAUUGGAUGUUGCAAAUGGACACGUGGUUUGUGAAGAAGGUGACAAGUUAACCUAUUCCAAAUAUGGACGAUUUUGUCAUGAGGUCAAAAUUAACUACUCUCCAUAUGUGAAUUACUUCACUAGAGUGUACUGGAACAGAUCCUACUUUGUAUAUAAAGUCAACACUGUGAUAUCCUUCCAGUCUUGAAAAAUAACAGAGCCUUCAUUUCAAAGACAUAUUACUUGAAGUAAAAUUCAGUUUUCUUGGACCUCCAUGGUGUCUUGCAGAUUGAGUGUGGGUAUUUGAAAUGCUGCUACCCCUCCCACGCCUGCUGAUUCCUGGGUUUAGUGUUUGGAAAUAGACGAUCAGAUGUUGCUGUCUUAGUAAACCGUCAAACCCACCGUGGCGAUCUUCCUCACUGCUUUCCUCCCUAGUACAUGAUUCCAAGUUUCCCUGUGUGUCAUCUCCUCAUAAAUGUUGUUUUGUAGUAUUGAUCGUUAAUUUGAAUAUUUGUCAGUGUCAGUGUUUACUUCGAAAACGUGAUUUUUAAUAAGUGCUUAAUGUGAUUUAAUUCUAUAGUGCAAGCGAAAAUUCUCCGAGCAAGUUUGUAACAGAUGUAAAUCUCUUGCAAUUAAAAACAGUUUAAAUGUUAGUUAAAAAUAUGUGACAUUUAAAUUAAAAUGGACAUAGCAUAAAGGAAAGUGAUUGUUUUUAUGACACUGUUUCUGUCAUCUGCUGCAGUGAGUAAGCACAUUCCUGGUGAGACAUGGGAUGGAUUAGUACAUUUGUUUCAUGACUUUUAAGUGAUUGCCUUUUCUCAUGUACGCCCAUUAAGUUGGUAACAUUCAGUCAUGCUAAGGCAGUCACUCUGUACAUACAUACAUACACACAUACCUACAUGUUAGUGGACAUUUAAAAGAAUCUUACAGGUUUGUGGAGUGUGGAGUGUGCAGUCUAAUCACGUUUCUUUGGACGCAUUAAGUGAAAGGAAUUGACACUGUCACAGUAAUAAAUGUACACCACCACUGAGCAUCAGUGUCUGGAGCUAUAUGUAGAUGCUUUUAAAAGAGCAAAUUGAGAGCUAAAUAAAGUUUUCAACAGUUCAGAGCAUAAAUGUUAUAUUUCUUUGUGUAUUUUCAUUUUUGUAUCAUUAAAAGAAAUUGAAAGCCAGUGUAGUGGCUCAUGCCUCUACUGUCAGCACUUGGGAGGCAGGGGCAGGUGAAUCUAUGAGUUUGAAGCCAGCUUGGUCUAGUAUGUUCCAGGACAGCCAGAGAGUUACAUGAUGAGACCCUGGUUUGUUUGUGUUUUGUGUUUUUUGUUUUUUGGUGCCCUCUUAGAGAUUCAGGAUAAAACCUGUAAAGAAAUGGCUUUAAUAAGAUGCAUAUUUAAUUUUACAUUAAAGAGUUGUUCAGUGAACAGGUUCUAUAGCUCUUUAUUUGCAACUGUGCUAUAAAAAUCACAUUUUCAGAACUCAAAUUAAGAAAAUAUAUCCUUUUUUGUAAUUAUAUGUGCUUUUUUUCAAGUAUGUGCACUUAGAGUAACUUUCGGAGCUUAGCUGACAUCUGUGCUAUCUUCUGGUUUUGGUUGACUCUUACACACUUGUUUUACUAUAGACGAGCAGCUACGGCAGUGUACCUCACCGACUGUGAGCGUCGUGUAGUCACCAGUGUUGCACAUCAGGCAUUAUGAAAAAUUAGCGACUACUCAAGUACACUCUUGAGUAGAUGGAUGACCAUUCUUAUGGUCAAAGCAUGUAGAAACAGCUUUCAUACUGUAAAGGCAGAAGUACAAAGUGUGUUUCCCUUGUAAUAUGAAAUAUUCAACUGAAUUUUUAUUGACAUGUAACGUGCUAAGUUAGUUUUAGUUUUGUUUGUUGUAUUAAUAAGUUUUGCUUCUGUCAACUUAUUUCUUAAAUAGUUAAAGAGAUUUUUUGAUUUGAAUUUUAUAUUUAGUCCCAGGCAUGGUGGUUCACUCUUUUAAUCCCAGUACUCAGGAGGAAGAGGCAGGCAGAUCUCUGGGUUCAAGGCCAGUCUGGUUUACAUAGUGGACUUAAAAAAAAAAAAGUUUAUAAUUGACUCGCUCAGCAUCAACUGAAAUGAGAAGUAAGCUUUAUUUUAGAAAUGACAACACUGGCUGAUGUAUCGAUAGUGGGCUCUGGCUGUCCCUAGCACUACUGGGGUUGAGGGGAGGCAAAUGAAGGAAUGAAAAGAAUAAAAUGAUAAUAUUAGUAUCAGAGAUAAGUUGAUUCACUUCCAUCUUAACUGUCAUUAAGACAACACUAGAAACUUUGUGUUGAAAGCAUUUAAUUUUUUCCUUAGUAAUCUGUAGAGUAAGAAGUGAAAAAUUCUGUAGGUGAUAACUGGGCCACCUAGCAACUGUUACAGUCAACUGUAAAAGCUGCCUUGAAGGAGCAGAGCUUAGGGGAUUCAGGUGGGAAGGAAGUCCUUAAAGACAGAAAACAUAUUUGCUCUUAAUACAACAAACCCAUUGAAAUAAGUGCCUUAACUUCUUUAUUUCUAAAUUCAUUUUAUAUUUUAUAUCAUAUUACCCAUUUUCUUUUCCAUAAAGAAAUACUGGUAACUUAUGUCAUGUUGAUAAAAUGCAGGAAGGCUGAGGGGGUAGGUCCACUUCCUACCUUCCUUGCAUACGAGUGUCCUAGUGCACUUCCCUAGUGUCCAGGAGAUUCUGGGUUUGACCCCCAGCACAACAACAACAAAAAGAUGUCCCCAUGCCAUAGUAACUGUUAACUUCAACUCGGUAAUGAGCAAAUCUGUGUGAAGAACUUCCAGUGUCCUAAGUCAAUUUAUUUAGCUUCUUGAAUGCCAAAUAGUCCAACAAGUGAAAUGUACUUGCUAAGGGAUGGAAUGUGGACUCCAUGAGUUUAGUAACUUUAAAAAUCACUUCCGCAUCUGUGUUCUGCAUUAUGCUAGCAGAGUUACAAUCUAAGUACUAUAUACUCUACUCCAACACUGUCUUUACAGACACGCACACAUGCACACAGGCUUUUCUUUUCAGGACAGCAUCCCAAAUUGGCAGUCGCCUCCGUGUUCUGACACUCUUCCAUACUGUCUAGAUUGAGUCAACAAUUAAUGGAGAAAUGGAAGUUAAAGUGUGUUAAAAAUUUGCAGCUGAAAACAUGCCUAAAAUAGGUUAUUGAUUUCUUGUAUAACUUUUUUUAUUAAGUUACUUUAGUUUUGAGAAAUCUUUCUUGGGGCCUCUUAUUUUUGAAUUGGUAACAUUUUGGUGCCUCUUUUUGUAUAAAAGUAGUGUUUUGGUUUUUUUUUUUUUUCUUUAGUUGGCAGGGUUUUUAACAGUUCUAUGUAAAUUAAUCUUUUGGUAAAUUUAUUUUUAAUGCAUGACUAUUUGUAGGACAUGUGAUACUAAUUCUGUAUACUUAACCUUUUUAAGCUCACAGCUACUUUCUAACUUCUAUUUUAGCAUAUCCUUUCUUCCUUUACCCAGUUUUCAACACACCUAGAUUUGCUGUGUGGUGUGGUGCACACCUGUGAUCCCAGCAUGUGAGAUGUGGAGACAGGGGGGUCAAGCGUUCAGAGCCACCCUCGACUACAUACAUGAGGUUGAGGCCAGCCUGGGAUGCAUGAAUCCCUAUCUCAGAGAAAAAUCCAAAAAUUAGAAACAUAGUCUCUAUUGUUGCUAUUGGAUAGUAGCUUUAGACUCAAUAUGUAUUAGAAUUCUGGCUCUGGGAAUUAUAAGGAAAAUCAAGUUCUUACCCAAAUUACUGAGUUUUUUUUUUUUUUCAAUGUAUAGGGUUAAUGCUUUAAAUAAAAUUAGAUGCAAUGUUGGAAAGGAAUAUAUAUGUGACAGCUUAUUUUUUUCUAGUAAAGUUUCUAAAUAAUAUACUUGCUUCUGUAAUAAAAAGAACAUUUUGGAAACAAAUGUGUUGAAUGAAGUAUAAAGGUUUCUUUAGAUUGUUUCUGCUUAUAUCUCCUAGAAUGGCGAAAUUGUAAUCUUAACAUAUGGAAUACUAUGUGAAAUUUUGUAAGAAAUAGACUUUACUUGUGACUGUUAUCUAUAUUUUGUGUAAUAAUGGCAUAACAGAAGCAUUCAGUAUCUCAUAAAUUACCGUUUCCUGUUUCAAGCCAAUUGCCUUGUACAGCUACUUAACAAGAGUGAAUACAGCUGCCUUUAUGUAGGCUGGUCUCUUAGGUCAUAUCAAAGGUGAUGUGUAUUUACAGUAAAUGUGUUCCUCCUGUAGCUAAGGUACGUCUGCAAAAUUAAAAUUAUAAAAUAUCAGUAAGUACAAUUACUUUAAAGGAGUUGUUUAUAACUAUAAGCAGUUUUAUCCCAGAUUUUGUAACGUUCGUAUCCUUUUAUCAGUAGUGAAGUUCUUUCAUGCUCAUUUACCCUUUUUGAUUUUGUUUUCAUAAUAAAGCUUUUCAGAAUUUUAA